GUGUUGCGGAUCACGUGACUGCGGUGAACAUCAAUGAGUGCAUGCUGUCUGCCUCACUGAACAACAACGUCACAUCUCUCUAUCGAGACAACGAGACACGGCCCGGGGAACCAAAAGAGAAAGACGGUGAUGUUUUAUUUCAUGGCUUCUGAUAAAUGGUUUCCAGAGCAGAAUUGAGCCCAGUCACGUCCACUGUUUUUGGUUCGGACCAAGUGUGUAUUUUUCUACAAAUGGAUAAUGGAGACUGGGGCCAUAGGAUGACCACUCCUGUUACCUUAAACGUAGGAGGUCACCUGUACACGACCAGCUUGUCCACACUGCAGCGUUAUCCAGACUCCAUGCUGGGUGCCAUGUUCCGGGGAGACUUCCCAACAACCCGUGAUUCCAAAGGAAAUUACUUCAUCGAUCGUGACGGGACACUUUUCAGAUACAUCCUAAACUUCCUGCGGACAUCGGAGCUGACCCUCCCGGUUGACUUCACAGAGACAGACCUUCUGAGGAAAGAGGCUGACUUCUACCAGAUCGAACCUUUGAUCCAUUGCCUCAGUGACCCCAAGCCGCUGUACCCUCCAGACAUCUUCGAGCAGGUCGUCGAGCUUUCAAGCACCCGCAAACUGUCCAAAUAUUCCAACCCAGUAGCUGUCAUCAUCACACAGCUAACCAUAACCACAAAGGUCCAUGCCCUGUUGGAAGGAAUUUCCAAAAACUUCACCAAAUGGGACAAACACAUGAUGGACACCAGAGACUGCCAGGUGUCCUUCACGUUCGGACCGUGUGACUAUCAUCAGGAGGUGUCCCUGCGUGUUCACCUUAUGGACUACAUCAUGAAACAAGGCUUCACCAUCCGUAACACCCGAGUGCAUCACAUGAGCGAGCGAGCAAAUGAGAACACGGUAGAACAUCACUGGACUUUCUGUAGACCGGCUCACAUAGUUGCAGACUGACUUAUUGUGAAGGACAUUUGUUCUCAUCUGUUAUUGGAAGAUGUUACAUGUAUUGUGAUUUUAUGACCAAAUAUAAAUGCAUUACGUUAAAAGAAAAAAGGUUUUUGUUCUUUUAAAAUGUCAAACCUUAAGAAGCACAGCUUAACACAUAAUGUGCCAUUUUAAAGUAUUUAGUAGCAAUAAUGUAUAUGCUCCUAAGGAAAUUAGCAAUAUGUGCUGCCACUGUUACUCUGCAAUAAAGUAAUUGUGAAUUUAAGACAUUAAUUGGAAACUGUUGCCUAUAUAUGGUAGCCUAUUAAUCAUUGAUUUGUUUUAUGCAAGGUUGUGUAUUAUAGUUAACUAAAAAAUGCUGCACACAAAAUAUGUUUGUCUCUGGCCCCAUCAACCUUUAUGGACUUGACUGCUCUUGUGGCACUUUGUUGAAGAAUGACAUUUGCAUUAACAGUUGUCCACCUUUGAUCUGUAAUUCAUUACUGGACUUAAUGAAUGAAUGAUCUUUAUUGUUAUUGUGCAUGUACAGGUCCAACGGAAUUUAGGUUGCUUCCCUGAGGUGCUUUGCAUUUAAAAAAACAAGAACCACACAAUAUACAGAAACAACACAAUAUACAAUGUGGCCUAAGACCACUUAAGAGGCAAUGUAAAAAACAAAAAAACGAGACAAUAAAAAGUGACUAGUGAAACUGACUAGAGAGGAGUAGUGCUGAUUCCCAGUGUGCUGAGGGGGAGAGAGUCAGUAUUUCCUACCUCCUAUGCUCUGCAGGCUUUUUAUUGUGGAUAAAAUAUGUAAAUAAAUAUGUUAAAUAUUGUACAGUUGGCGUGUAAACGCUGAUUGCACAGUGACACGGUUUUAAAAUAAUCCUCGUAGUCUUCAUGGUAUUGUUUCUAACCUGUGUAGUUGUUGCAUGUGUUUAAUGUAUGUGUAGUGUGGGUAGUUGUGUGUUAUGUUAUUUAGGCAUGGCAAUAAAUUCUUAAAUCUCAAAGGGAUUUUUGUACUUUAAAUAUUUCCAGAUUCUAGCUGUAUGUCAUACUGUUACACUUUUGUGAUCAAUAAACCCAUUUUUCCAUUUGUCAA